ACCAUCCCUUGACUUCACUUCACUUCACUUGAGUUCACUUCUUCUUUGACUUCAGUCUCCUAAUUACUAAAUGGCAUCAAGCUCCAUGUAUUCAAGUAGCUCCACUUCCACUUGGACCCCCCAACAGAACAAACUGUUUGAGCGAGCGCUAGCAGUGUUUGAUCGCGACACCCCUGAUCGGUGGCAGAAGAUCGCAAGGGCAGUGGGCGGUAAAACCGCAGAAGAAGUGAAGAGACACUAUGAAGUGCUGAUUGAAGACCUCAGGCAUAUAGAGUCUGGCAAUGUUCCCUUUCCCAACUACAGACGUUAGUCUGGCAACAGUGAGUUAAAUUAAUAAUAAUGUGAUCCAGUCGUUGAUCACUAAAUACAAGAUUUAUUAUAUUCAGGGCAUACAUACCUACUUGUAAUGUCCUCUUGAUUUCAUAUACUAUAUGCAUUGUAAUGUUGUUAAAUCUCAUCAUUAAUUAUAAGCUUUAAUUCAAUGUCAAAAUUUAUAUAAA